AGCUGUAACCAAUCAGAAUUCUGCGUGCGAGGCUUUUGUCGGCUAGGUAUAGUAGUUUAUAGCGAAACAGUUCCUUUGUAGGCGUAGUUUCAAGGAGGUGGGUGUCAAUCUAUGGGCUAACGCGCCAAAUUUCAAAGGCGCGCUUCCUUCCUCUGAUUUCCCGCCGUGGUCCCGGUCAGACUUGGGCUCAGCUGGUAGCGGCGGCUUGGCAAGCAUCGUGACGUCACGCACUCAAUCUCCCCCAUCUUAUUGCGUCUCACACGGAAGUAAUUGAUUUGUGGGGGUUGAUUUGAAGUAGCAAUACUGCAAUACUGAGGGGAGCUGGGAAUUAUGUUGAGGUUUACAGAGUCGAGUCAGUGUUAACUGUGUUGCCCAAGGGCGUUGUGUUGCUGAGACAAUUAGUUGACAUGGCUCUUCUGUGCGAGCUUUAGGGCUGCUUUUUAGUACUGGUGGGAGCUUCAGCAAAACCUAUAAAUAAGCUGUACGUAUCUUUAGACGGGGCCUAUAGAUUAUCAGGGCCAUUGUUGAUUGUGGCUAAGAGACACGGGUAAGGCAGUGGGGGAAGAGGUGGGCUGCUCAGAACAUUGGCAGGCUGCCAUGGUAGGCUCAGAAGUUGUACUCACACAGGUACAGCCCUGUUUCCAGCUUCUGCGCAUGGGCUUAAGCCCAGGACAGUCCAGCCUAAACACAAAUAGCUCAGCUUCCAGAGAUCUGUAUACUUUCCUACCAGACUCCCCGUGCUGCAUCUACCGGCUGGGAGCCCGCCAUGACUUGUGUGAUGUUCCCCUCCCUGGAAAACCAGCUGUCCAUGCGGAAAUACAUGCGGAGCGCGAGCUCUCCGGUGACUGGAAGGUUAACUUGGAAAGCUGCACUAACUUUGGUAUAUACAUCAAUGAUGUUCAUCUUUUGCGAGGACAGAGAUUGGAACUUUCAGAUGGUGACCUCCUCCGUUUCCAAGAGAAAUCAGAUGUUUCCCCUUGUCAAUCAUCUUCUGACACAUACUUCCUCUUCCAGCGUGUUAGAGUUCGUCCCCUGGACUUUUCUGCUAUCACUUCCCCACGUGCUCGGUCCUCUUUUCCUGGGUUUACCCCAGUUUUAGCCACACAGAGACUUAGUGGUGGGCGAGGUGGGUCACCUCACUACACUACUGGAGCCACUGUUAUACUGAACUCUAUUGGCAGCAUUAGUAAGAUGAAACGUGAAAGGAUGCAGGGCAUUGGGCUCAUUGGAGGAGCAGUGGAGUUAACCAAACCAACCACACCAGACCUUCCUUUACCCUCUCGCACAGGGGUUGAGAGAAGGCACAGCCGGAGAAAAGCACAGCAUCAAGUACUUUGUGAAUUAGAAGAGGAUGAAGAAGAUGGGCAGGCAGAAGUAGGAGACAUGAAGAAGAGGAAAAGAGGGAGAAAGAAAGAAGAGAAGAAAAUGGUUCAUCAUGAGCAGACAGGAAGGAAACCACGUGGACGUCCAAGGAAGCACCCCAUCCCUCCUCCUGUGGUGACCCACACAGUGUCCAGUGCAGAGCCUUGUGCUUGGCGUUCAUGCUGCCUUCCACAGGAAGAGACAGUCAGCUGGGUUCAGUGUGAUCACUGUGAUUCAUGGUAUCACGUUGUGUGCAUUGGUCGAAGUCUGACUUCUCUGCAAGACACAGACUUUCACUGUGGCUGCACGUAGCCAUUGAGAGAGGCAAUUUUUGCCUUCCUUCUUUGUUUUGUUAAUAUGUAAUUUUGGAUUGUUUUCCCAUCCCUCCUUGCCAACCUGUUCUUGUCAUUCAGGGUGAAAUACCUCUCAGCAUUAUCUGUCAAAAAUUACUCCGACUAAAGUACUUUCUUCGCUUUUUUGUAACGGUUUGAUGCAACUAUUCGUGUAUUUGCUUGAAUAUCCAGCAAAGAAUUUACUGUCUAUUUUACAUUUUUAUACAGAUGUUUUUUUUCUGAUCUGCUGGUUAACUUGGCAGCUAAGUGCUUGUUAUACAUUCUUUAUUUGUAUGGAUGUUGAUGGAAUGUGCUGCUGGUAACCCUGCACCCAGCAUUAUUGCUCAGAAUUGUGGCAGUAUUUUGGAUCAUCAAUGGUAAGAGAAGUGAUCCUUCGCAGUUGGUUUCACUGACAUUUUGAUUAAAGUACAUAUGGGCGGAUUUAUCAAGGUUCAAAUUGGAAAAACAGAAUUUAAAUUUGAGAGUUUUUUUAUGGCCAAAACUGUCAAAUUCGAAAAAAAAAAAAUUUGAAUUAGAUAUUUGAGAUUUAUUAUACUCUGGCCCUUUUAAGAACUCAAAUUUGACUAUUCACCACCUAAAACAUACUAAAUUGUUGUUUUAGUCAAUGGGAGACAUCCUGGGAUCAAUUUUCAGUUGCUUGCUGCCUUCCUGACAUUUUAGGUUUUUUUUCGAGAAAAGACUUGAAUCUAAUUCGAGUUUUUGGGUCAAUCCUAUUCACCAGAUUUUUGAAAAUUAAAUUUUUUUUUAACAAAUUUCGAUUGGUGAAAUUUAGAGUUCAUAGGAGUUUGCGAGUUUAAAAAAAAAAAAAACUCCCACAAAUUCAAAUUUGACCCUUGAUAAAUAUGUCCCAUAGUGUGCUAUAGCCCUAAAAUAUGUUCUUUUCUCUUGAGGCCUUUUGAGGAAAGCAUUGCAGAGGAAUUCGGUUAGUAUUACGAAAGAGAUCUUCCACAUUCUGAAAAAUGUGCAAAAACACUUUAUUUCAGUACAGCAGCAUCCUGGUCAAAUCUGAAUUUGCUUUUAAUUGGGACGACUGCAUUCUGUAUCAGUCCCUCACAUGGGUCUUGCUGGCAUGGGGUUCUGUACCUGCCCGUUUCUCAAAAACAUUGCUGUUUAUUAGAGCAUUUUAAUGUGCCAUCUCCCAAAUGCUUGUUAAAAGGCUUGUAAACUCGUACAAAACAAUUUUGCAUUAUAAAAGCAAAUUUCUAAAGAACUUAUUUUAAUAAUAAUGUUGAGUGAUAUUUAUUUGCAGAUGUAAUUGCUGAAUGUAGGAGUAUAUCUCAUUUGCUGUUCCCUGCACUGCUAACUGAUGUAGCAGUGAUGUAAUACUUUCCUCCAGCCAAGACUCGUUACUUUUUCCAUAAUGCCUUGCACCUCUGUGAGUCUCCUUUAGAUGUGUAUUAAUCUAAUAUGCACUUGCAGGUACUGGGGUCUUGGUGGAGGGAGGGCUGACUACAACAGCAUUGUAUCCUUACAUGCUUCAUGUAAUCCGAACCAGUAGCACAAUUUAGGACAGACAGACAAUGUUUAACUGUUCUUGAAAGUUACAAAUAUAUAAAAACCGCAGCACGUUAGUUACUUUGUGUUUGAAAGAGCAAACAGAUUUUUUUUUUUUUUUUAAAUCUAUUUAAUUGUGAAAUCUAACAUGGGGCUACAUCAUAAAAAUCAUGACAGAAUCCCUUACAUCCCCAUUUUUUUUUAGUCACACUUUAGUUAUGGUUUUUGGCAGGUGGCAACAGUAACUGAUAACUAUCAUGGAGCAAGAUGGGAGAAUAUUCUCUUGAAAUGCUCCCUAAAAAUACACUGAUUUUAAGAUGUUCCGUUACAGAAUAUCCUGUUUAUAUACAAAUGAUAUUAGUUUCCCCUGCCCCCCAUGCUCAGGUAAGUGAUUAUAAUUUUAUUCUUAUUUGGAGUUUGAACUUUUCAUACUGGCAUAGGUGUAGGAAUAGGAAGUAAGCACUAGACAUAAAAUUACAUUCCCUACUCCUGAAACAAAUUUUUUUUUUUCUCUUACAUUUUGGUUCUUACACAGCAUCAUAAUCUGAGGUUUUUUUCUAUCCGGAUGUCUGCAGAUUAUACAUAUGUUAUAUACAUAACUACUUUAAAUCUUUUUUUUAUGCUGGAAAUGUAAGGGGGUAAAUGAGUGAACUAUAGACCUGAUAUUUUCCUUCACUCUAUGUUCCAGGGUAAUUGUGCAGUCUGGAGCUCACUAUGCCAAGCUCUGCAGGACAAACGGUUUGGUACCAACUGCAGCAUUUAAAUUAUUUUGUAUUAUGUAUCCAGGGCUUUCAUAAAUAUUUUGAAAAGCAUCUACCAUAGAUCUUCCUCCUCACUGCCCCCCCCCCCCAUUCUCUGCUUUGGACCACUGUAGUGCUGUAAGUUUUAACCUCCGCAGUAAGGGUUUCAGAUAACCUGCUGUGGCAUGUUGUUAGAUACUAGUGUUUUUACUCCAUCUGUUUUCAGGAUUAUAGACCCAUUAUAGAUUAUAGAUACAGUUGAGAAGAAACUGUAAUAUUCCUCACAAUGGCAAGUCUGGUAGAUGGUGUAGUUAGGUUAACAGUACAGUUCUAUGGCCAGCUGUAGUCUGCCAUGCUAUUCUGAUAGUAAGUAGGGCACACUGGAUAGUUGUUAAAAUCUUAGAUUUUUUUUUCCCCAUUGUAUAUGCACUGGUGCAACGCCGCUCUAAUCACCACUGGCACAACAGUAAUUGUUUUGCAAUAUUUAUUUUGGCAUUUUUUAUAUAUGUGUGUAAGUAAUAAUAAAUAGAAGUCUCCAAUUAAAAUUGUGUGCUAGAAACAUGUUGCCUUUAUUGGGGGAUCUUUUUGUAGAUCUUCUGAUUCAUGUCUGUUUUACAAAUGACUGGUGUAAGUAUCCUAACUAUUCCCCAGAAGCAAAGUAAGAUGUGGGUAUCCAGCUCUUUCCUCUAACAUGGAAAGAAGUAUUGCAGUUCUUGGUCAGCUCUGCUCGGGGUAGGGUUGCCACCUUUUUUGGAAAAAAAUACCGGCCUUCCUAUAUAUUUAUCUUUUUUCCCUAUUAAUAACAUUAGCAACCAUCAUUUUUUUUUUACCGGCUAUGCCGGUAAAAUACCAGCCAGGUGGCAACAUUAGCUGAGGGGCCGGCUGUCUGCCUAAGAGCAAGAUGGAGACUGGCUGACGUCCUAUUCUAAAGGAUGUUUAGUGCUUUCAGCAGCUAGCCAGCUAGCCAAUACUCUGUAGUUUCUAGGAAAAUUUUCAUACAAACCGCACAAUACAAAACUUUUGAAGUAAAAUUCAGUCUUUUUAAUGCUUGCUUUUGAUACUAUUCUCUUCUAAAUAAUGGAUAUUGCAAAAUUCUAGCACCUUAGAAAGCUAUAGUCCGCACAUUGCCUGUUUCAUAUACACCGUCUCUUUAUUUUGUGGGACAUGAAAAUGCUUUUGUUGUAGCAGAUUGCAUCUAAAUGUACAUUUGAAGGAAAUAGGUAUCCACAAUGGAAAUACCAUUACAAAUGUGGCUCCUCUUAACGUGUGUUUUUUUUUUUUUAUGUGUUUUAUAUAUAAAGAUCCUUACUAAACUGAAAGCACUAUUUUAUCUACUUUGUCUGCCACUUCUAUGGACAAGGCAGUGUGUAAGUAUUAAAUCAUUCUUUUUGUCAAUUGCAAGACUUUUUAAAGAAUCUGUGUGGACAAAGUUAGGGCAUUGCUGUGAGAGAUGACAUCUGCUAUUUCUUAUUUAAGUUAAAGAUGUAUUUAGAUCAAUCAUGACCUGCUAAUUGUAUUUUAUAAGCAUCCAUUGAUUAAAGUAUAUUCUGGUCAUAAAAA